AUGUUCGCGUCUUCGUUCGUCCGCGGCUCCGUCGCGCUGCCGGCGGUGUCCAACAAGGGCACCACCACCAUGCGCCGCACGGUCGCCAAGAAGAAGGCUGUGUCGCCGACUUCGGACUCGAUGUGGUACGGCCCUGACCGCCCGCUCUUCCUUGGGCCGCUGUCGCCGGAGCCGCCGGCGUACCUGACGGGCGAGUUCCCGGGCGACUACGGCUGGGACACGGCCGGCUUCUCGACGGACCCGGACAGGUUCGCGCGCAACCGCGAGCUCGAGCUCAUCCACGCCCGCUGGGCCAUGCUCGGUGCGCUCGGGUGCAUCGUGCCGGAGCUGCUGGAGAAGAACGGCGUUGAGUUCGGCGAGGCCGUGUGGUUCAAGGCCGGCGCGCAGAUCUUCCAGGAGGGCGGCCUCGACUACCUCGGCAACCCCAACCUGGUCCACGCCCAGUCCAUCGUGGCCAUCCUCAUCUUCCAGGUGCUCCUGAUGGGCGCCGUGGAGGGCUACCGCGUCAACGGCGGCCCGGCCGGCGAGGGCCUCGACAAGCUGCACCCCGGCGGCUCGUUCGACCCCCUGGGCCUGGCUGACGACCCCGAGACCUUCGCGGAGCUCAAGGUCAAGGAGAUCAAGAACGGCCGUCUGGCGAUGUUCUCGAUGUUCGGCUUCUUCGUGCAGGCCAUCGUGACCGGCAAGGGCCCGAUCCAGAACCUCCAGGACCACCUGGCCGAGCCCUCGGUCAACAACGGCUUCGCCCUGGCCACGAAGUUCGUGCCCACGGCCUAA